AGUCGCAACACUGUUGCAUUCAUAUUUUUGUUGUUUUGUAUUCUCGCUUUGUUUGGGACACACUUGGCAUGAGCUUGAAGUGCAUUUCGUUACCACCUCCUCCACGGCUCCAUGGUACCGCGGCUCUCCUUGAGCCCAUAGACCAUCUGAUUUGUUUUGACUGCGCUGCUCUUCCCGCUUUGGAUUUUGGGAAAGUGUUGUGGAAAUAUUUUGGCAGCAUUAUGUUGCUGCCGCCAGAAACUUCAUAGCGAAGGACACAUGAUUGCUUAAGAAGCAACGACUCUAUUUUUCACCCUCUGCGGUUGAUGUUAUUGAAAUCACUGUGAACGGGAAACUAUGGCCGAAGGCAAUGGGACCGAAGUGUUUGUUUACGAGCAGGUUGUUAUUUUGAUAUCUUGCACGCUCUCCUUCUUUGGGUCGCUGUUGAUUAUAUUGACUUAUGUUAUUUGGUCAGAUUUGAGGACUACUCCAAGAAAGUUGCUGGUAUUUCUGUCAGUAUCUGACCUGAUGUCUGCCAUCGCGUACUCGGUCGGAGUUUGGAUGGUUUUUGAGGAAGAUUCUUGGGAUUGUGUCUUGCAAGGAGCAUUCUCUACAUUUGCCAACACAAGUUCCUUUUUCUGGACCGUUGCCAUCGCCAUUUACCUCUACAUCUUCAUAGUGAAGUCCAGUCAGAGAUGGGCUGACAGCUGUGUGCCUUAUUUUCAUGUGAUCAGCUGGGGGGUGCCUCUUGCCAUCACUGUGACCGCCGUGUGCCUACACAAGAUAGGCUACGAUGCCUCGGAGGUGUCCGUAGGUUGGUGCUGGGUCAGCAUCCAAGCAACGGACCACGUGCUGUGGAUGCUAUUGACGGGCAAGAUCUGGGAAUUCCUGGCCUACGUCACUCUGCCUGUCCUCUAUCUCCUCAUCAAGCAGCACAUCCACCGGGCGCAUGCUGCACUGUCGGAGUACCGUCCCAUCAUGGCCAGCAACCCAGCGUCCAGCUCAGUGACGACGAUGGCGGACCGCAAGCUGACCCUCAUCCCCAUCAUCUUCAUCUUCCUGCGGAUCUGGAGCACGCUGCGCUUCGUCCUGCUGCUGGCCAACUCCCCUGUCCGCCAGCACCCCGCCCUCGUCAUCUUACAUGGCAUCGGCAACACGUUCCAAGGGGCUGCUAACUGCAUCAUGUUUGUGCUGUGUACGCAGCCGGUGCGCGCCCGUCUGGCCAGCGUGCUGUGCUGCAGGGCCCAGGAGAAAGCCCCGGGCCCCGAGGCCCAACGCGGCGGCGGCACUGGAGCGCCCAGACACUCCGCCCUCCCCGAUGAUGCUCCCAGCGCACACCGCUGGCUGGACGAUGAAUAAUCAAGACACUAGGGCUGGGGCUGGGAGAGUUUUGGGGGGGUUGGCACUGAUGCUUUGAUACUUGAUGCUUUUCUCCAAGAAAAGAGAUAGAAAGAGCUACAGAUAUACAGUUACAUGGAAAUAGAGAUGACAGACAGACGUACUGUGCAGAGAGAGAGAGAGAG